GUACGAUCUACGGCCUGUAUGAACAGGUCUAUAAUGAAAGUACUUUUUUUGUUCUGUCAAGUGCACGUCCGGCCGAGGAACUUGAAGAAGUUGCUCUUUUGAAGUACACUUAUGCACUUCCACAUUACAUAAAUUGGAGAAAAGAGAUGGCAGUAGAUGGAAAGGUUGAUGGUAAGAUGUACCAUUCAGAGAGUGGCUUAACAACCCCAUGGUGGAUUGUUGAUCUCGGGGAGGUACGAACCAUUCACCAAGUCCAGAUCUUCACGAGGCAAGAUUGUUGCUCUCAGAGAUUCCAUGACGUUGAAGUCCGUGUUGGCCAAGUACUCCGUGUGAACGGUGACCUGAUUCCCUUUACCCUGAUGUCCACCUACGAUGGCCCUUACGACGUCACCAAAGGCCACAUCAUCUGCAACAGUGUGACGGGCGUCAUUGGUAGAUUCCUCGGCAUUCAGAAAAUUAGCAAUGACACUGAUCAUCUCCAACUUUCGGAAGUCAAGGUCUAUGCUACGAAAAGAAUCUAACACACUCUCUCUCUCUCUCUCUCU